UUUCAUAACAAUUUGCCCUCUAAUUUGUUAUGCAAAUAGUACCUUCAGGGAUAUCUGUAAUUUCUCAAACAUCAGGGGUAUCUGUAAUUUUGCUAAACCUCAAGGGGGUAUAUGUAAUUUGCCCUUCUUUUUAUAAUAACAAGUCUUUGUCUAUUAAAAUUUAGUGUCAUUAUGUUUAUAUAUUCAUGUUUCACUUUUGCAUUUAAUACAUCCGAAAGUCUCUUGAUGUUUUGCAAGCCAAAAUAGUCCAUGUACUUCGGUCAUGUUCUCAUCUUUCACAAAAUUUUAGGAUUAAUCAAUCUGAUGUUCUCACUCUGCUUUCUAAUGACUUGGGAAGUCACUGACCAGUAUGAAGCAUGAAAACUUUUCAAAUGUAGUUAGGCUCGGCCACUCGAGCAAAAGCAUAAAAAUUGAUCCCCAGUACUUACAGAAUCAGCUUUAUAGUAGGUACUAUGCUGGCAUUAUAUUUCAUUUGCUCAUGUCAAGACAGAUAAUAAAUGUUUCAAAAGAAGCCCACCAUAGCAACAUGCUUCCAUAUUAUGUGAGGAUCCUUGCUAGGACAGAAGAAUUUUCAAGCAAGAAAUAUAUUACUGUCAUGACUAACUUACAGUAUCUUCAUCAUUUUUAGAAAUUUAGAAGUUUGAACAUGACUCAGCUUUGAGUCUAAACCAAAAUUUUGGAAGCAGAGGUUUUACACUAGUUCCAGUCAAAUGACCUCAUCUGGAGUCUCUCGAAACAUCAAUACGAUAUCAAAAUUUUUAAACAGAAAUGGAUGAGUUUUUUUUUAAACAGUCAUUUUAAAACAAAAAAUAUCAUUUCUUAAUUUAAACAGCCAUUGUGGAAAAAUGCAAAAACACAAAAAAAAAUGUUUUCUAUUGUUUUCGAAACAAAUUUUCAUUUCCUCUUCCCUGCACCGGCAAACCCCUUCUCCACUUUUUGGCAACCCUUUGUGAUCACUCCCCCCUUCCCCUCUGAUAACCUCUUCCAGCCUCCUUCGGCAACUCACCAAAUAUGUUGUUUAAUUUUUAUUUGUUUUGAAUAUAUGUGUGCCAUUUUUUUUUUUUUUUGGUUUUAUUUUUGGUGCAGAAAUAAAAGUAAACAUGUUAUCUAUUUUGUGGAAAGAGAAAACUGAAAAAUGGACCAAAGCAAGUUAUAUAGCAUAAUAAACAGUCGGUCAUAAUCCCCUAGUCUCAGUGGUCUGAUGCUGCUCUGAAUGUUGAUGCUGCUUGGAGUGGGUUGAAGUGGGAUGUAGAAUGCUGCCUGCUGGGCAUGUUGGACUACUUCUGGCCUCCUAGCAGAGGAGUUAGUUGUUAUAUUUGGACUGCUGGGCAUGUUGAUUCUGAACUGCCUUGGACUGCUGGGCAUGUUUUGGACUGCUUUGGUCUCCUGCAAUCUGUUUGUGGGAAGUAAAGCAGGUAGUAGAAUUGAAGGCAAGGUGGGAAACACAGUCCAAGUUACUGCUGGUUGCUCUGGUUUUGCUGCUGCUCAAGUCUCCUUUGCUGCUGCUUUGAGGUUGGUUGAUCAGAGAGGCUGGUGAUUAGGAAUAUAUAUCCUGUUUUGUUGUUAGGUAGUUUGAAUGCUCGAGGUUGCUGCAGGUGGUAGGUAGAUUGAUUGCUUGGUUUGUUCUAGGUGUGGUCAAUGCUUUUUUGGGUGAGGUAGUCUUUGAUGUUUGUGGUUGGUUCCUCACCAACUCUUGUGGUUGUGCUAGCAUAUGAUUGAGCGGUCUUAUCGGUGCCAACUUAGUUGGGAUUGAUUGGGUUCGCUAUGAUGCUUUCUGCACUCCUCCUCCUUUCCUUUUUUGAUGUAAUAGUUUUUCUGUUUCAUCAAUAAAGUUCAUUUUCUUUGCUGUUCAAAAAUAAAAUAAAAUAAAAUAAUCCCCUAGUCUCAGUCAAAUGUAUCCCUGCUGUAUAAUUGUAUGCAUCCCUUGAUUAUGUGCUUUCUUCUUUAGUGAAAGUUCAGGGAAGUUUUGGUCACUUCCCCUGUACAUGUGCUUACCAUGCACUUUUCAAUGAAAUUGAGUGUGUAAAGGGCAUAUAAUGGCCAACCUGUUAAUCUAGAUGCAUGACCCAAAAGUCAAACCAAGUGAAAUUGUUCAAAUAAUUUCUUCAAAUAUGAAAAGAAUCCCAAGGACAGGCAAAAUUGUCAACAAAAAUGGUGGUGGCUUUUGCUAGCUCUAGAAGACACGUUAUUCAAUGGUUCUGUACAUUUUUUUAAUAGAUAAUAACUGUAACAAGUGGUCCAGCCAAAGGAACAAUGGGAAUACACACGAAGACUAGAGAAAUGGGAAAUGUUUUUUUUAAAAUUUAUUUAUAUUUUAUUAUUAUUUUUACGUUUGAUAGGAAAGGGAUAGGGGAAAGGAAGUUUCACUCACAGUGACAAGAUUUGAAUCUAAACAUCAUGUUUUGUAAUGGAGUGCCUCAUCCACUAGGCCAACCCACCAUCACAUUUAUGUUUGAAAAUUGAAAUCAAGAAGGUUUUGGAGUCAUUUGGAAGCAUGUUUAGCAAGUUGCGAACUUUUCUCGUUACAUAUGAUCAUUUGCUUUAAGCCUCAUUUUAGAAUCAUGAAUCAGUAUGUUAUGGGCAGAGUAUUCUUCUUUUUAUUUUAGUUUUUAUUGACCUUGAUUAUUAUAGGAAUCAUUUACUUCAUUUACUUUUCUUGUCAGCUCUUAUUGUUCUUGACAUCCUCUACAAGUUUAUAUCCAUUGUGGUCUCCAAGGCACAUCUUUUAGAGCUUUGUUCAAUGGCUUCUGAGAGGGCCCAGGAAGCAUCAUCUUCCCUGUUUAGGUGUACCUAUCACGUGUUCUUGAGUUUUAGAGGCAAAGACACUCGCAAAACCUUCAUCGACCACCUCUACACUGCUCUGGUGAAUGUGGGAAUUCACACUUUUAGAGAUGAUGAUGAGAUUGAGAGAGGAGAAAAUAUCAAGUCAGAACUGAAGAAAGCAAUCGAAGAGUCGAGGAUUUCAAUAGUUGUUUUCUCAAAAGGCUAUGCUUCUUCGCGUUGGUGCCUCGAUGAACUUGUGAAGAUACUUGAACGCAAAAGUACCUCUAGACAUGUUGUUCUACCUGUGUUCUAUAACGUGGAUCCUACCCAGGUUAGGAACCAAACUGGGAGUUUUGCAAAGGCACUUGCUUUGCAUGAAAAGCAAUUCCAAGAAGAAACUGAUGACAGAAAAAAGCAGCAGCACAUGGAGAAGUUGGAAGGGUGGAGGGCAGCGCUUAGAGAAGUUGCAGAUUUGGGGGGGAUGGUCUUACAAAAUCAAACCAAAGGGAGAAAAUAUCAAGUUAAAGCAAUCGAAGAGUCAAGGAUUUCAAUAGUUGUUGUCUCAAAAGGCUAUGCUUCUUCAAGUUGGUGCCUUGAUGAACUUGUGAAGAUCCUUGAACGCAAAAGUACCUCUAGACAUGUUGUUCUACCUGUGUUCUAUAACGUGGAUCCUACCCAGGUUAGGAACCAAACUGGGAGUUUUGCAAAGGCUCUUGCUUUGCAUGAAAAGCAAUUCCAAGAAGAAACUGAUGACAGAAAAAAGCAGCAGCACAUGGAGAAGGUGGUAGGGUGGAGGGCAGCGCUUAGAGAAGUUGCAGAUUUGGGGGGGAUGGUCUUACAAAAUCAAACCAAAGGGCAUGAGGCAAAGUUCAUCCAAGAAAUUGUUAAAGCAAUUGGUGAUAAGGUAAAUUGCACGAUGUUGAAUGUUUCCUCCCACCUAGUUGGAAUAGAAUCUCAAGUAAAAACCAUUAGUAUGUGGUUACAAGAUGGGGCAACUAAUGUUGGCGUUGCCGUGCUUUGUGGGAUGGGUGGAAUAGGAAAAACAACCAUAGCCAAAGUUGUUUAUAACCUCAACUCUGAUAGAUUUGAACGCAGCAGCUUUCUUCCAAAUGUUAGAGAAACUUUAGAACAACCUAACGGUGUGAUUCGUUUGCAAACACUACUUUUGUCCGAUAUUAUAAAUGGAAAGAAGAGAAAAAUAUACAAAGUCGAUAAAGGAAUCUGUGAGAUCAGGGAUGCUAUAUGCUGCAAAAGAGUUCUUGUUGUUCUUGAUGAUGUUGAUCAAGUGGACCAAUUAUAUGCAAUAAUUGGAAAGCGAGAAUGGCUUUGUUCAGGAAGUAAGAUUGUCAUAACAACUAGAUAUAAGCCAUUGCUUAAUUUUCCUUCACUGCCAAUUUGUAGGCAUGAGGCGAAGUUCAUCCAAGAAAUUGUUAUAGCAAAUGUUGAUAAGCUAAAUCGCACUAUGUUGAAUGUUUCCUCCCACCUAGUUGGAAUAGAAUCUCAAGUAAAAACCAUUAGUAUGUGGUUACAAGAUGGGGCAACUAAUGUUGGCGUUGCCGUGCUUUGUGGGAUGGGUGGAAUAGGAAAAACAACCAUAGCCAAAGUUGUUUAUAACCUAAACUUUGAUAGAUUUGAGCGCAGCAGCUUUCUUCCAAAUGUUAGAGAAACUUCAGAACAACCUAACGGUGUGAUUCAUUUGCAAACACUACUUUUGUCCGAUAUUAUAAAUGGAAAGAAGAGAAAAAUAUACAAAGUCGAUAAAGGAAUCUGUGAGAUCAGGGAUGCUAUAUGCUGCAAAAGAGUUCUUGUUGUUCUUGAUGAUGUUGAUCGAGUGGACCAAUUAUAUGCAAUAAUUGGAAAGCGAGAAUGGCUUUGUUCAGGAAGUAAGAUUGUCAUAACAACUAGAUAUAAGCCAUUGCUUAAGUCGCUAGAAGGAUACAUGAAGUGCAAGAUUAAAAAAUUAAAUAAUGAUGAAUCACUUCAUCUCUUCUGUUGGCAUGCCUUUGGACAAGACAACCCAGCUGAAGGGUACAUGGAACUGUCCAGAAGCGUUGUAUAUUAUUGUGGAGGGCUUCCUUUAGCUCUUCAAGUUUUGGGUUCUUCUCUAUGUGGCAAAAACUUACAUACAUGGGAAAGUGCACUACAGAAACUGAGAGCAAUUCCUGAUAGUGAAAUUCAAAAUAUUCUUAAAAUAAGCUAUGACUCUCUCCAAGAUGAUCAUGACAAAAAUUUAUUCCUUGAUAUUGCUUGUUUCUUUAUUGGGAAGGACAAAGACUACACCGUUGAAAUACUAGACAAAUGUGAUUUCUACCCAAUAAUCGGAAUCCAAAAUCUCAUUGAUAGGAGUCUUUUAACGAUUGAUAAAGAUAACAAGUUGAUGAUGCAUCCAUUGCUUAGAGACAUGGGAAGAGAAAUUGUUCGCCAAGAAUCACCCAAGGAGCCAGGAAAACGAAGUAGGAUCUGGCAUGAUAAGGUUGCAUUUGAUGUUCUGAGAGAAGAAACUGGUACAGAAACAGUUGAAGGCCUCACUCUGAAUUUGGAUAUGUUAGAGAAAGAUGACAGUACCAGGAAAACACAACACUACUCUGAAGACAUCUUCGGAAUGUCAACACUACUUUGCCAUUACUUUGCUUUCAAUAGAUAUCGUUUUGGCAGAUUCUAUCAACGAAAAGGGGUAAGCUUGAAGACUCAUGCAUUUGCGAGAAUGAAAAGACUAAGACUACUACAGCUUGAUUAUGUAAAACUGACUGGUGAUUGGAAAGAAUUUCCAAAGAAGUUGAGAUGGCUGAGUUGGCAUGGAUUCCCUUUAGAGUCUAUUCCAAACUAUCUCCAUCUUGAGAACCUGGUUUUUCUUGAUAUGCGGGGCAGUAGCUUGGAACAACUUUGGAAGCGAACCAAGUUUAUUGGAUCAUUGAAAAUCCUAAAUCUGAGUCAUUCCCAUUGCCUCACCACAACACCAGACUUCUCAGGAUUUCCUAGUCUUCAGAGAUUGAUGCUUAAAGAUUGUGUGAGUUUGGUAGAAGUUCAUGAGUCUAUCGGAGACCUAAGGGAACUUGUUUUCCUGAAUCUAGGGAACUGCAAAAGUCUCAGAGAGCUUCCGAGAAAAAUUGGUAUGUUGAAGUCUCUCCAAGAACUUAUUCUGUCUGGUUGCUCAAAACUCGACAAGCUGCCAGAGGAAGUGGGGAGAUUGAAAUCGUUAAAAGUGUUUCACGCCGAUCGAAUAGCUGUAAAAAAUUUAAAUGCUCCCAUUCAAGAGGGUAAUUCAUGGCAUGAACUCUUUCAAUUUAGGAAAUCAUCGAGUCUUAAGCCCACUAGUUUUUCAUUGGCAUUGUUACCUCAUUCUUUAGUAAGCUUAAGUCUAGUGGACUGUAAUUUAUCCGAUGAUGCUAUUCCCAAUGAUCUUAGUUGCCUACCCUCUUUGCAGAGCUUGGAUCUAAGUGAAAACCCAAUUCAUAGCCUACCAGAGAGCAUUAAAGCACUUACUAUGCUCAAGUCCCUUCAGUUAGACAAUUGCAAAAAGUUACAAUUUCUCCCUGAACUUCCUUCAAGUUUGAUGGAUUUGCUUGCAAAACAUUGCACGUCGCUUGAAAGAAUAAAAAAUCUACCAAACCUGUUAAAAUCUCUUCACUUGGAAAUUUUUGGAUGCGAAAAACUGGUUGAGAUCCAAGGUUUGUUUACACUGAAACCAAUUGGAAGCAUUGACACUGAAAUAACCAAUGGUAUGGGCUUACUCAUGGAAUCCACAGAAAACAUUGUUGUUCAGAUGGCUAACAGUAUGACGCGCACAAGAAGGAUGCAGACACUCCAGGGAUUGUACGAAUGUGGUGUUUUCAGCGUUUUUCUUCCAGGAAGCAAAGUUCCAGGCUGGUUUAGCCAUCAAAGUACGGGUUCUUCAAUUUCUUUUGAGCUGUCGCCACUUCUUAAUCGCAAAAUCCGAGGCAUAAAUCUAUGCAUCGUCUAUGCACUAUGUGAAUCUAGGAGUUAUGAUUAUGAGUCAAUUAGCAACAAUUUCAAGCCACUGGAUGAUGGAUUUGAUUCCUUUGACAACGUGCAUUAUGCCAUUAUUACUAAUAAGACGAAGGGUAUAAAAUGGACCUAUAGUCCAACAUUUUACGGCAUUCCAGAAGGCAACGAAGACAUGUUAUGGUUAAGCCACUGGAAUUUUGGGAAUCAGUUGGAAGGUGGUGACGAAGUGAAUGUUUCAGUUUUUAUGGCUAAAAGUUUUCUGCCAAAGGAGUGUGGAAUCAACCUCGUGUACGAGCAAGAAGAAGGUACUGCAUCAAAUACUGUAGUAGUAUUCCAACAGCACACCUAUCUUUCUGACAAGAAUGUUGAGGAUGCGGACAAGUCAAAACAUCAAACAGUGGAGCUGCUCUGCCAUCAUAGAUUUAUAUGUCAUCAAGUAAACUCGAAGCAAUUCUGGGGUACACGAGACUUUCGCCUCUGCUUUUGUGGUGUUUCAAAUGAUAUGUGUUACAUGUGUUAUUCUCGACCCCGCUUUCUUUGGCUCAUUGAUUUUGAAUAUAUCGCUUCUUCAGUUAAUUCAAAAUUCGUCUUCUACAGCUAUCCAUGUGCAGAGUUUUUCCCAAUGGCUGCUGCAAGGACCCAGAAAGCCUCCCCUUCCACGUCUCGAUGUACUUAUCAGGUGUCCUUGAGUUUCAGCAACAAAGACACCGGUUGGUCCUUUACAGAUCAUCUUUAUACAGCACUGGUGCGUGCGGGAAUUCACACUUUUAGAGCUCAUGAUGAGCUUGAGAGAGGAGAAGAUAUGGAGUCAGAAUUUCAACAAGCAACCCAUGAAUCCAAGAUUUCAAUAAUUGUCUUAUCAAAAGAUUUUGCUUUGUCAGAAUGGUGCCUUGAUGAACUUCUAAAAAUUCUCCAACGGAGGAAGGCUGUUGGACAUAAAAUUUUGCCAAUCUUCUAUAAAGUGAACCCGUCUGAAGUUCAGAUGCAGAUGGGGAGUUUUGCAGAAGCAUUUGCCAAUCAUGAAGAGCAAUUUAUGGUGGAAACAGAUGAAAGGAAAAAGGAAUGGAUGGAAAAGGUGGAGAGGUGGAAGGUAGCUCUCAAAGAAGUUGCAAAUGUAAAAGGGAUGGUCUUACAAGAUCAAGCUGAUGGGCAUGAAGCAAAGUUCAUCCAAGAAAUUGUCAAAGAGAUCCGGAACAAAUUGAAUCGUAGAGUCUUUAGUGUUACCCAACACCAAAUUGGAAUAGAUUCUCGAGUCAAAGACAUUAAUGUUUGGUUACAAGACGGGGCAACUGAUGUUGGUAUAGUGGUGAUAUCUGGAAUUGGUGGAAUAGGGAAGACAACCAUUGCCAAAACUGUCUAUAACUUGAACUUUGACAGAUUCGAACGGAGUAGCUUCCUUGCAGAUGUUAGAGAGACUUCAAAACAACCCAAUGGCUUGGUUCGUUUACAAGAACAACUUCUUUCGGAUAUUAUGAAGGGUAGAAAGCAAAAAAUUGGCAGUGUUGAUGAAGGAAUCAUUAAGAUUAAAAAUGCUUUAAGUUGUAAAAGAGUUCUUGCUGUUCUUGAUGACGUGGAUCAAUUGGAUCAGUUAAAUGCACUACUAGGAAUGCAAGAUUGGUUUGAUUCGGGAAGUAAAAUUAUCGUAACAACUAGGAAUGAGCAAUUGCUGAAGGCAUAUAAAGUGCAUGAGACUCAUAAGGUUAAGGAGUUGGAUGAUAAUGAAUCACUCCAGCUCUUCAGUUGGCAUGCCUUUGGACAAAGCCAUCCUAUUGAAGGUUUCUUGGAAUACUCAAAAAGUGUACUACAGCACUGCAAAGGGCUUCCUUUGGCUCUUCAACUAUUGGGUUCUUCUCUCUACGGCAGAAGUUUAAAGGAAUGGGAAACUGCAUUAGAGACAAUGGAAGCAAUCACAGGCAAUCAAAUCCUACAAACACUAGCGAUAAGCUAUCUGUCACUAGAUGAUCAUGACAAGAAAUUAUUCCUCAACAUAGCUAUGUUUUUUGUUGGAAAGGACAAGGAAUAUGUGGUUAAAGUACUAGAUGAAUGUGAUUCAUUUACAACAGUAGGAAUUGAAAACCUCAUGGAUAGAGGUCUUAUAACAAUGGGAAAAGGCAAUAAGUUGAUUAUGCAUCAAUUGCUUCGUGACAUGGCAAGAAAAAUUAUUCACCAAGAGUCACCCAAUGAGCCUGGGAAACGAAGAAUAGUGUGCGAUCAUGACGACUCCCUUCAUGUGUUGAGUAAAAAAACUGGUACCGAAAGGGUUCAAGGCCUCAUCCUCAAUAUGCAUAUGUCGACUAGAGAUAAGUAUUCCAUGACAACUUUUAAUAGUCAUGCAAAACGAUACCCUUUGCAAGAUAUUCCAGACAGAUCCAUUAUGCCCUGCCAAAGCAAUCCAUGGAAACGGCGUCGUCUUGGCUUGUUCUCCUGGCAAUCAAUGACCACUGUGUUCACAAAUUUAUUACCCAUGCCGAAGGAGGUAAACUUCAAAACUGAUGCAUUUGCGAUGAUGCACAAACUAAGACUGCUCCAACUUAAUUGUGUGCAACUUGGUGGAAGCUAUAAAGGGUUCCCUAAGAAAUUAAGAUUGUUGUGUUGGCGUGGAUUCCCUUUAAAAUCUAUACCUAGAAAUUUUCCUUUGGAGAGCCUGGUUUCUCUUGAUUUGCGCAAUAGCAGCUUGGAACAAGUUUGGAAGGGAAGAAAGUUUCUCAAAUUGUUGAAAUUUCUUAAUCUCAGUCGUUGCCAUAGCCUUAUCAGAACCCCCGACUUCUCAGGACUUUGUAGUCUUGAAAGACUAUUGCUUAAGGACUGUACAUGCUUGGUCAAGGUUCACGAAUCCAUUGGGGACCUAGGGAAACUUGUUCUUUUGAAUUUAAAAGGCUGUAAAAAUCUUAGGAAGCUUCCAAGAAAAAUUGGCCAGCUAAAAUCCCUUGAGAAACUCAUUCUAUCAGGUUGCUCAAACCUUGAAAUGUUGCCUAUGGAGCUUGAGAAAUUGAAACCUUUGACUGUACUACAUGCUUAUGGGACAACCAUAAGUCAAUCAUGCUUUACCAUUGGAAAGAGCGAAAGUGAUUUUUGGCCAAAAAUUCUCUGGUCUUGGCUGUCAAAUCCAAGCAAAAAUUUGGAUCCGUCAUUGGCUUUUUUCCCACGCACUUUACUAAAGUUAAGUCUUAGAGACUGCAGUUUAUCAGAUGACACUAUUCUAAGGGACCUUAGUGGUCUAUCCUUGUUAUUGGAAUUGGAUCUAAGCCAAAAUCCAAUUUCUAGCAUACCAGAAAGCAUCAGUGGCCUUACUACGCUCAAGUCUCUUUGGUUAGAUACGUGCACAAGGCUCCAGUCACUUCCAAAGCUUCCAUCAAGUUUGAAGGAACUUGUUGCAAGAGAUUGCAAAUCACUGGAAAGAAUGACAAUUCCUUCAAACCUGUUGAAAUCAAUGAAUGUCAUGCAUCUAAGUGGUUGCGACAAACUGUUUAAGAUUGAUGGCUUGUUCCAGUUAGAACCCAUAGGGAGCUUUCAUCCAGAAAUCAUCAACAAUUUGGGCUUGCUUGACUUGGUUUCCAAAGGAAGCAUUGAGGUGGAAUUGUGCAAUAACUUGACAUUUACUCGAAAGAAGUGGCCCCUUCAGGGGCUCUAUGAAUUUGGUAUAUUCAGCACUUUCCUUCCUGGCAGCAAGGUUCCAUAUUGGUUCAGCAAUAAGCAUUUGGAUUCUUCGAUGUCUUUCGUUGUGCCUUCUCUUCCUAGUUUCAAGAUAAGAGGCUUGAAUGUGUGCGUUGUUUAUGUAUGUUCAAACUCUCAUAAAGAUGGAAAUUUGCAUGAUUUUUCUAUUAAGAUUAGUAACAAGACCAAGGGUUUGGAAUGGAUCUAUGGCCCGACAUUCCACGGCAAUGAAGAUAUGAUAUGGUUAAGCCAUUGGAACUUUAGGAAUCAGUUGCAAGCUGGUGAUGAAGUGAAUGUUUCAAUGGUUGUUGGAGUUGGUUUCAAGGUAAAGGAAUGUGGAACCGACUUUGUGUAUGAGCAUGAAGAGAAGUGUUCCCUAUCAAAUAGUGGAAUAGAAGUAAUCCAACAUGGCAACUUUCCUUCUUAUCAGAGUGUUAUAGAUGGAGAUUUGUCAGCAUAUCAGAGGACCGAAGGUGUGUAUCUCCUCUGCCAUUAUAAUCAAUAUCUGGACUUAUAUCCUCCUCAAAACCAUUCAAGUGAUCGAUGGGACGUCCCCAGUGUUUACAAACCUCUUUGCUGCACAGUAGUAUCUAGAGAUGAAGAGGAUGAAGAAGGUCAUGAAAAAGACAACAAUGAACAGAUCAAGAUUUUGUAAAUUUUCAUAUCCUCCAUUCCUUGUUGAUCGCAGAGUUGCUUGGGCUUUUGUUAGCCAUUCCCAGCUUCUUACGAGUUGCCAUCAUUUUUGGUAUUUGAUUUACAAGAUUAUCAUUAUAUCCACCAAAUCACAUGUAU